ACAGGACUUACUGGCGAGAACGUUAUAUUAGUUGAAGGAUCUAACGAUGAGAGAGUAAUUAGACCAACGCAUGAAAAUUCAUUGAGACGAAGCUCAAGGCAGCUUUUACAACACAAAUAUAACAAAAUAGGAGACCUAGCAAGAAUGAAGAUGGGAAACAUAACUUAUAAAUGUUACAGCGUGCGCGUCAAAGGCAAAAAUAAGGUGCAAAUCAACAAAGGUUGUGUGGCAAUGCGACCGGAACAGAACGCUUGUGCUCUAUUGGCAGACAAGUACGGCGCAGAGGCUUUAGAAGGCUGCCAAGUGUGCUUGGAGGGGAAAUGUAACCGUAGCUAUGGAAAUGCGUUGAGGUAUUCAGCGAAGAUCUGGACGUUAACUAUGUCAAUUGGUUGGCUGAUUGGCGCGGUUAUGAAUUGCCUUUUUUCAAAUAGCUGUACACCAGCUUAA